UGUCUGUGUUGUGGAUCAAAAGUAACCCUGUUUGAACGUCAAGAUAAAUCUUCAGUGUUUUGUUUAUUGAUAUUGUUGCAAAAUAAUAAUUCAGAGCGUAAAUUAUUAACAAAGCGUUUUUAAAAAUCGUUGUUAAUUAUCAUAAAUUAUUGUUCAAGCGUUUGCAGUAGUUGUCAAGGCAUCUGGACUAAUGAGUAGCUCAAGCUCCGCUGAUACCAAUGGUACAAAGAACUAUUUCGUUAAUUUUAACCAGGACACUACAUCAUUGGCUGUAGGAGGCAAAACAGGCUACCAACUAUUCUCUCUUGGGUCUGUAGACCACUUGGAACAAAUCUACAGUAAUGCCACAGAAGACUCUUGCAUUGUCGAGAGAUUGUUUAGUAGUAGUUUGGUGGCUGUUGUUUCAUUGGCAGCCCCCAGGAAGUUGAAAGUUUGUCAUUUUAAAAAGGGAACGGAAAUAUGUAAUUAUUCAUAUUCUAAUACAAUUUUGGCAGUCAAACUUAAUAGAGCAAGAUUGGUAGUAUGUCUUGAGGAAAGCCUUUACAUUCACAACAUUAGGGACAUGAAAGUCUUGCACACAAUAAGAGAUACCCCAUCAAACCCUAAUGGUUUGUGCUCAUUAAGUUCGAACAGUGAAAAUUGUUAUUUGGCAUAUCCAGGAUCUUCAACUGUCGGAGAAGUGCAGAUUUUUGAUGCCAUGAAUUUAGUAAAACAUAAUGCAAAACUGAUGAUUCAUGCACACGACAGUCCAUUGGCUGCAUUGGCCUUUAGUCCUAAUGGUCUCAGAAUAGCCACUGCCUCAGAAAAGGGAACAGUAAUAAGAGUAUUUUCCGUUACUGAUGGAACUAGGCUAUUUGAGUUUCGUAGAGGGGUGAAAAGAUGUGUAUCAAUCUCUUGUUUGUCAUUUAGCAUGUGUGGUCAGUUUUUAGCAUCUAGCAGCAAUACUGAGACUAUUCAUGUGUUUAAAUUGGAGGAGCCCAAGGACAGUCCGAGAAAAAACGUCGAAGAAGCAGGCUGGAUGGGUUAUUUCUCGACUUACCUGCCCACCCAAGUAACGGACGUUUUUAACCAAGGCAGAGCAUUUGCUACCGCAUACCUUCCAUUUGGAGGAGUUAAAAAUGUUAUUUCUAUAGCCAAUAUUCAAGAUGGGUUGAGGUUGUUGGUCGCAACAGAGCAUGGGUAUUUAUAUAUUUAUAAUUUUAAUGCAAACGAAGGAGGUGAUCUACAGUUAUACAAAAAGUACAAUUUGGACGAUAUAGCUGUUGACAUAACUGACGGCAAAAGCGGGGACGAAAAGCCAAUGAAAGGCCUUCUAGGUAGCUACGCUGGCAUCGUCAAGGGCAACCCCUCGGGCCAAAUGUCAGGUACUGAAUCUGAAAAGCUUCGCGAGAUGGAGCAGGCGACCGAAGUGCCGCCCAAAGACGCUUUUCAAUUUCAAGAUGACCAAGAAUAUCCACCUCUAACUCAAAAUAGCGAUCUUGAUUAGUUCAAUUUAUUUCAGUAACGUAUUUCGAUAAUAUACCAAAUCUAAUGACAUGAAUUUUAGGUUCAGAUGUUUAUUUUUAUUUUUUUGCUUUUAGUUUAUAGGGGCGAUUUGAGAUUUUUUUACUGGCAGAUAAAAUUUAUGUAUGUGUUGAAGUGAUAUGAUAAACUCAAAGGUCCUGUAAAUUUAGCAAUUAUUUAAUUACCUUGAGUUGUAUGUGUAUAAUUUGUGUUAACAAUUAAAAAAAUAAAAUACUGUUAGAAAAAUUACUUAUUAAAUAACAUUAUUUUUUAAAUGUGCUCUGAACUGUGGUUAAAUGCAUCAAUAUAAUAAUACGCUUAUUAAAAAAAUAUUUUAAAUAUACAUGCAUACAAUCAAUUUAAAAAAGGAUUAUUAGAAAAGAUAUUUCUAAAAUAUUUCAUAAUUAAUAUUAUUCGAGCCGACCUGGUAUUGCAAUAGAAAUGCUCCAAUUUUCAAUUUUGUUCUACUAAAAAUGUUCCUUAUCAAUAAAGAAAAUAUUGUUAUUUCGGUGGGGGCUGUGAUUAUUUGAGCUUAUUAUCACCACAGUACGAAGCCUUAGGCCAUUUUUUAGUUUAAAAUUACUAGGUGUUUUUUUUUUUUUUUUUGGCAUGCAGUUUAUGAACUUAAAUAGCUCUGGAAAAAUAAUAUUACAGCUAUCUCUUCCAAUAUUAAAGCUGGUUGGUAGAUUUUUAGUCGUCUUUUUUUAAAGGAAAGAUUCCAGAGUAAUAUUAUUUUUCCAGUUCAAUUUAAUCGUAAAUAUACUAAGAUUUCCUGAGCAUUAGUAAAUUAAUAUCAAGUUUGUAUAUAAUAAAAAUCAAAUACUACGCUUUGUAUAUAUUAUUGUAUAUGUUUAGUUUUGUCAUCGCUUAUUUAAAAUUUCUAGACUUUUUUUCAGUUGCUCAACCUCUGGAUAUCUUACGUUAAAGCAUAGUAAUUAGGUUAUGUUUUCUAUAUUUAAUUGGGUAUUAAGUCAUAUAUUAAGUAAAUUAAAAAAUAAAUAAAGAGUAUAUUAGAUGAGCUACUAUUGAGAGAAAAAUACUUAUUUCAAUGAUUUAUAACGAUAUUUUAAAGUCUGAGAGACCCCAGAUCUAUUUUAUUAUAAUCCCAGUUUGAAGCAAACGUGAGCUCAGUGGUCAAUAGGUAAAACCGUAGCUUCUAGGUGUCCGUUGAAAAUUUCACCUUCAACAGUUUCUUCAACUUCAACAGUGUUGAAAUAAUUGAUAGUUGAUUUAUUGUUUUUGUUCGUUAAAUAAUAAUUGUCUGAUAAAGGUUUUUGUAAAUUUAUUUUUCCUAUUUAAAUCUAGUGACGUAAUGCGCAAUUAAGUAGGAAAUUUAACAAAUAGAUUUUACUUAUAAUAUUUAGGGUUUUGUAAAUAAACAUAAUUGAAAUGCUAUAUAAUCUUUUGUACAUGCGUAUUUUUUAAGGAAAUAAAUUAUAUUCUUGAAGUCCCA